AUGGCGUUGCUGGCGCUGCCUUGCCCUGAGCCUGCCUUGCUCAACCGCGCCUGCCUGCAGCUGGCUAACAUCGUGGAGAGCAUCCGGCAGCUGGGGCUGCGAGGGAGCCCGGGGACAGAGCCAGGGCUGGGGACCCCGCUCUGCGCCCAGCAUGACGAGCGCCUCAAGCUCUUCUGCGAGGAGGACGAGGAGGCCAUCUGCGUGGUGUGCCGGGAGUCCCUGCACCACCGCCCGCACACCGUCUACCCCAUCGAGGAGGCCGUGCAGGUGUACAAGGUCAAACUCCAGAAAUCCCUGGAGCAUCUUUUGAAGGAAGCGGAGGAGGUGAAGAAGCGUGAGUCAGCGGAAAGGAUGAAAACCCAGGAGUGCAAGGAGACGGUGAAGAAGAAGCGGGAGAGGAUUGUGAGCGAGUUCGGGAAGCUGCAUCGACUGCUGGCCGAUGAGGAGAAGCUGCUGCUCCAGAAGCUGGAGGAGGAGGAGAAGCGGAUUCUGCUGCUGAUCAAUGAAAACCUGUCCAGGCUGGUGGAGCAGAAGUGCUUUCUGGAAGAGCUGAUCCUGGAGAUAAAGGAGAAGGCCCAGCAGCCAGCUGAUGGGCUGCUCAAGGACAUGAAAAGCGUCCUGUGCAGGUGCGAGGGAGUGAAGUUCCUGUCUCCCAGGGCUGUGUCUGUGUCCCUGAAGGAAAACUACAGCAUCCCUGAACGCUGCCUGGGCAUGAGGGACAUGCUGAAGAAGUUCAAAGUGGACGUGACUCUGGACCCUGAGACAGCACACCCUGACCUCUCCCUGUCCGAGGACCGCAAGAGCGUGCGCCGCGGGAGCAAGAAGCUGCUCCUGUCCCUCUUUGACAACGCCAAGAGGUUCAGUACUGCUCCCGUGGUGCUGGGCAGUCAGGUCUUCUUCACGGGCCGCUGCUACUGGGAGGUGCAGGUGGGAGACAAGCCCGAGUGGGGUUUGGGGCUGUGCAGGGAGUCUGCCAGCCGGAAGGGCAAUGUCCUCUUCUCCCCAAACAACGGCUACUGGGUGCUGCGGCUGCAAAGCGGGGGCAACUAUGAGGCCCUCACCUCACCUGUCUCCCCGCUGACCCUGAGCGUGAGGCCCCGGCGCAUCGGGAUCUUCCUGGACUACGAGGCAGGAGAAAUCUCCUUUUACAACGUGAGCGACCGCUCCCACAUUUACACCUUCACCGACAAGUUUUCUGGGAACCUCCGGCCUCUCUUCUUCCUGGGUGCCUUUUUGGGGGGCAGGAACACAGAGCCCUUGGUGAUCUCCUGGGUCAGGGACACGCAGGGGUCCGGGUGCAUCAUCCUAUGA